AUGACCAAGUAUGGGCUUGAUGCAUACGGAGGAGGUGGAUGGACGCUGGUCAUGAAGAUCAAUGGCUCAAAGCUAUUAAAAGUUAAAUGUUCUCACAAGUUUCCACGUUUGUCAUCACCUAAUUCCCAAUAUAAAGGUGAACUUACAAUGUAAGUCACGAGUCCACGUCAAAUGAAAGAAAGGGAAUCUAUUACGUGUAGGUUUGAAAAGUUUUAACUCAAUUCAUUGUAAGUAGUAACAGACAAAGUAAGAACAGAAUAAUAUGUGAGGACUUGGCAACAAGACCAGUGAAAACCGAGGCGAGACUGUAUCAUAUUUCUCAAACAGAGAAAACAGCAAAGUGAUAGUACUCUUUCUAAAUGAGUUAACCGUUUUUUUUUUGUUUUUUUUUCAGAAAACAUUUCACUACAAGAUCUCAACUUUGGAGCAACAAAGUCGACUUUAAUCUUCCAGGAGGGAAGACUGGGUUGGAUACUCACGAAACCAAGUUACCGAUCUAUUGGAACACGCCGUUUAACAAGAUCUGUAUUGGAAUGAAGAUCGGUCAGCAGUUCAAGUCUGUUGUCAUCAACCAUCAAGCCAGAUCCCUCUAUUCACUGUUCGCAGAUGGAAAAUACCGAGCUACUUCACUGGGUCGUAACACGUGGAAGAAGCUCCUUGGGUCUCGGGCCUCUUUACAACCCAACUGUAACAAGGAAGGAUUCAAUGUAGUUUGUACCUACAAGGACUGGUCUAAAGCAAGGAUUGGUAUCCUUGGAAACAAAGAGGACGAUUGCAGCAACUGUGACUCCAGGAUCGGGUUUGGCAUUGGAGGGUAUCACGAUGAACUCCAACACGUGUGGCAACGAUGGCGCACAGCACAUCAAAGCGAUGGGAUACAUCUUAGUCCA